AUGAGGAGCGGAAAUAAACGCCAUCACCAUCAUCAUUUGAAUUUUCAUGCUCAAGUGAAUUUUCCAUUUCAUCUUCAUCAUCAUCAUCAUCAUAAUGGGCAUGAUGAGAAGAAAGAACAAAUUGACGUGCCAAGAGGGUGCGUUACGGUGUUGGUGGGUAAAGGAGAGGAGCAACAGAAAUUCGUGAUACCUGUAAUGCACAUUAAUCAUCCUUUGUUCACGCAAUUGUUAAAAGAAGCAGAGGAAGUGUAUGGAUUUCACCACAAUGGUCCCAUUAAUAUUCCUUGUCAUGUUGAGGAGUUUCGUUACGUUGAGGGUAUGAUAGACAAAGAUAACGCCGCCCAUCACCACCAGCACCACUUGUGGUGCUUCAAGGCCUGA